UCCUCCGGUUAGCUGCUGGCUUGUCGUUGGCUUCUUUAACUGCUGCACAACCUGUUUGUUGAUCGCUUCUCUGUGUGGCUAAUUAAACACCCAGACUACUUUAUUACAAUAAGCCGGGUUCAUUUCUCAGGGGAGGCUUUAAAGUAGCCGUCGCACAGGAAGGAAGAGCUAUCUGUCUGACAGCAGACACCAACAUUAAGGACUAUGUUAUUGUAUUUAAACUGCUUUUUCUAAUGUAGCUUGUGAGCUAGCUGCGUCGCCUUACAGUGUACACACAGACGUUUUAUUGUUCCUGAAACAGCCUCUGUAUGUCAUCGCAAGUGUUAAGUAUAUAUAUAUAAGGCGAGUCGGGAAUAAUCCUCACCUCCACCGGGGCUAACUCCCGGUAACCGAGCGAUUAAUGGCCGGAAAUCCGAGGAGGGGCGCCGGUCUGAUCGGCUUGAUGAAGGACGCCUUUCAGCCCCACCAGCAGCCUCUCCAGCCUCACCAACCUGCAGUGGUCGAUAAGAAAAUGGUGGAGAAAUGCUGGAAACUCAUGGAUAAGGUGGUGCGUCUGUGCCAGAACCCCAAGGUGGCGUUGAAGAACAGCCCGCCCUACAUCCUGGACCUGCUGCCGGACACCUACCAGCACCUACGCACCGUUCUGUCCCGGUACGAGGGCAAGAUGGAGAUCCUCGGGGAGAACGAGUACUUCCGCGUGGUCAUGGAGAACUUGACCAACAAGACGAAGCAGACCAUGAGCCUCUUCAAAGAGGCCAAGGAGAGGAUGUUUGAGGAGAACUCCCAGCCCAGGCGAAACCUCACCAAGCUGUCUCUGAUCUUCAGUCACAUGCUAGCAGAGCUAAAAGCCAUCUUCCCCAAUGGCUUAUUUCAGGGCGACAACUUCAGGAUCACCAAAGCUGAUGCUGCCGAAUUUUGGAGGAGGUCAUUUGGGGACAAGACCAUCGUUCCAUGGAGGACGUUUCGUCAGGCUCUCCACGAGUUUCAUCCCAUCAGCUCGGGCUUGGAGGCCAUGGCUCUAAAGUCCACCAUCGACCUCACCUGCAACGACUACAUCUCUGUCUUUGAGUUCGACAUCUUCACCAGGCUCUUCCAGCCAUGGUCGUCUCUUUUAAGGAACUGGAACAGUCUGGCUGUCACACAUCCGGGUUACAUGGCCUUCCUAACCUACGACGAGGUCAAAGCUCGACUGCACCGGUUCAUCCACAAACCUGGCAGCUACAUCUUCAGGCUGAGCUGCACUCGGCUGGGCCAGUGGGCUAUCGGCUACGUGACGGCUGAUGGGAACAUCCUGCAGACCAUCCCCCAUAACAAACCACUCUUCCAAGCCCUCAUUGAUGGAUACAGAGAGGGAUUCUAUCUUUUCCCAGAUGGUCGUGCACAGAACCCGGACCUAACAGGGCUUUGUGAACCGUCUCCGCAGGACCACAUCAAAGUUACUCAGGAGCAGUAUGAGCUGUACUGUGAGAUGGGCUCCACCUUCCAGCUCUGUAAGAUCUGCGCAGAGAACGACAAGGACGUGAAGAUCGAGCCCUGCAGACACCUGAUGUGCACUUCCUGUCUGACUGCGUGGCAGGAGUCGGAGGGUCAAGGCUGCCCGUUCUGCCGCUGCGAGAUUAAAGGCACAGAGCCCAUCGUGGUGGACCCCUUCCACCCGAAGGCCAGCGGGGCUUCCUUCGCCGGUUUCCAGGGGUCCAGCAGAGCAGAAGCUGCCUGCAACGACGAGGACGACGACGAUCGCCUGGAGGACCACCUCGUCAUGAGCAGGCUGGCCUGCUCCAAGGUAGAGCGCCCACCAUCUCCAGUGUCUCAGCUGCCUCCGGUUCCCCCCCGACUGGACCUCCUGCAGCAGAGACCCUCCAGCACCCACAGCGCUCAGGCUCAGGGAGCAACGGCCAAGAUAGCAGCCACUCACAGAGACAAGCCUCUACCUCUGCCUCCCUCCCUGAGAGAGCUGCCCCCUCCUCCCCCUCCGGAGCGCCCCUCGCUGGUCGGCCAGGAUUCCAGACUCCAGAGGAGGCCGCUGCCCUCCACCCCCGACCAGCCCGCCUGGGCCUCCAACUACAUGGUCCCGCGUCCGGUAAACAAGGCCCUGUCCUCCUUGUCCUCCGCGCCUCAGAGCAACGGGACCAACGGAGAGGGAACCAAACCUCAGGCGGCUACUAACGCCGUCUACUGCCUGGCUGCAAGAACUCUACCGGCGUCUGCGUCGUCGAGCGGGGAGAAGCCGUCGUCUGACAGCGAGGAGAACGAGUACAUGAGUCCCACCUCUCUUCCCGCCUCUGGAGCCCCCUGGGUCAUAACGGGCUCCUUGGUGCCUCCUCCUCCGGUCCAGACAAACCACCACAAUGACAUCAGCAACGAGGUGGUUGACAGCGACUUGGAGGACCCCCAAGUCUACGAGUCCAUGUUUAACAUCCAGGCCCAGGCUGGUUCCUCUGAGACGCCACCGGACUCUGACCUGGACCUCCCUCAACUUCCGGCUCCGGUUCUCCAGGACAAGAAGGAGGAGACCAGCGAGGAGGACAUUUACGAGUAUGACUGUCCGAGACCGAUCGUCCCUCCCACCGCCACCAGAAGAACGCUGUCGGAUAUGGGCGGUCCUUCAGCCGCCUUCAGCUCGCUCAGCAUCGACAGCGCAGUAGAAGCCAGUAUGUUUGCAGCAGGGGUCGACCCUGAACGUCCCCCCAAACCUCUCCCACGACGAGCCAACUCCGACCGACGGCCUCGGCCUAUAAACCGUGAAUAUUCUGCUCCAUUGCCAGACCUCCCUGGUCCCUCCACCUCCUCCUCUGCCUCCUCUUCUCCUCCUCCUCCUCCUCCUCCUACUCCUCCUACCGGCAGCCAGACCCUAAACGGGGAGAUUGAAUGCCUGAUGUCGCAGGGCUACUCCAUCCAGGACAUCCAGAAGGCCCUGAUGAUCGCCCAGAACAACCUGGAGACGGCCAAAAACAUCCUGCGCGAGUUCGUCGCCGUCUCCUCGCCGGCGCACAUCGCCACAUAGUCGCUCUGGGGCACGCCAACCCCACUCUGUCUCGUCUCUGUCUCCACUCUGUGCCAUUAUCAUGGAUAGCAUUUACCAAGCACUUUUCCUGCAGGGCCACAACUUUACUCUGAGGAGAAAUGCUGCGUUCACGUCAUAUCAGAAGAUGCAGACGACGUUCUAUGGCUGUAUUUGAAACCUCCUACUAUACUAGUAGUAUGUACUGAUUUGGCCAGAAUGUAGCAUGCAGUAUGCGAACAAAAGCAAAAUCUACAGUAUGCCAAAAAUACCCGGAUGUCGUACUGAUUUUGAAAAAAAUCUCCAGUCUACCUCGCCUACUGUAUCCCACAAUGCAAAGCGCUGGAACGGUACAGGCUAUGGUUACAAAAGCAGCCAAAAACGGCUAUUUUUCGUAGCUAUUUCAUCACUUUUGAAGCGAGAAAUCAACUGUCUAGAUUAUUAAUAUCGACAGUUUUACAAUAUUAGAUGGUGAAUCGAACAUUUACUCCGACGUUAUCGGAGUUUAGAAGCUCCACAAACUGCCGUGACAGCUAUGUAGCGCCUGCCCGGGUCGCUACUUCGUCACGCUCACAGACCGCUAUGAGCUUGCUGGAGCUCUCUAGAGACCGGUCUCGUAGACGGAUAGUUGUACGUAUAGUGGUACGAGUUCAGUUUGUUGUCCAGUGCUUUAAGAGCUUUUUUAAAGGCUGAAUCCUGGUCUAGCAUACUGCAAAAUACAUCGCUUUAACUCUUUCAUACUACUUAGGAACGCGGUAUGUACUGUAUACUGCAUACUGAGUUCCUCAGUAGUAUGUAGUAGCUGGUUUUGAAUACAGCCCUAGUCUUUGAAACAUCCAAAGUCAUUUCUAACAAACGGUGAACAUGUUACUUGCUUUUCUAAGUGGAGUUUUAGUGUGAAAAUCUAUUAUUUUGAUUAUCUUGGACUUGCCAAGUGACAUUUAAGCCUCAAAAUCUCUUGUUUACUCGUAAAUCGCCACUUGAAGAUUGAGGUUUUUUGGCUACCGAGAAGAACGGACGGUUCAAACGUUCGGCGCAGGUUUGUUUAAGGAGCAGAUAAGUCCGAUGUUACGUGAACGCAGCAUACACGGAGAAUGGAAAGCCUUUAAUGUGAGCUCUCUGUAGCCAAUGCUUUGACCCUGUCGUACUUUGCUGAGGUCCACUCGUGCCGUGGCGUCGUUUCCCCCCUCAGUCUCAGAGUACUUCCUCUCAUUAAGCUAAGUGUUGAAGCUACGGCGACCAGCAGAGGGGAUCGUUGUUCUUUCCGACUCCCACUGCCGGCAGCCGUUCAGUUUGGUGCUUCUUGGCAAAUCUGUGGCGUACGAAUAUGUAGCGACACGGUCGGAAAACUUAGUGAUUAACUCUGUGGUUGUGUGCGCUCAGUGCUGAUGAAUGUGAAUGUUCAGUGCAGUAUCGCAGGGCUUCGUGUCGUACGCUCUGUUUUCUUUCGAUGGUAUAUCGACAAGUUGACUCCGUAUUUUUUCCUCUCAGCUCCCGGUUCAAUGAUGGUUCCGUAAUGAAAUAACAAGUUUUAAUGUUUAAGCACUCCUAACUUGUUGUGCUGUGUGUAGUACUAACGACGGCUGGAAGUUUAUUUUGUCAUGUAAUUCCAUGAUUGCCUGCCACCGACCCGGGUGGUCUGACACUGAAGGCUGGUUUAUUUACUCAAAAACGCUUCUCUAUACUCGUAUGGUUUCUUACUAAUAAGCAAAAAGGACUUUAAAGGGAUAGUUUGGGUGUUUUGAAGUGGGUUUGUUGGAGGUGCUUAUCCAUAGUUUGUGUAUUACCUACAGUAGAUGACGGUCAGUACGCACAGGAGCAAAGCGAUGUACUGCUGUGGACGUGGACGGUCAUCUACUGUAGGUAAUACACUGACUAUGUAUAAGUACCUCUUACAAUCCCAAUUCAAAACACCUGAACUAUCCCUUUUAACACGUGCUUGUAGAUUUCCUCUCACAUGUUGAUGUGAUUCAGCUCAACAUCACAUUAUUUACCCAGAAGAACAGCUGAGGGAUCAGAUUGAAGGGAUUUCAACUGAGCUCUAAAGCUAAAAACAGAAGGUGGUCAUGUGGACUCAGGUACUGAAUGUAAUGAACGAACGGAUGAUAUAAUGUUAGCAGUGUUGUGGACGAGCACUAAACUCACGACACAUUAUUAUAGAAACAUUCCAAUGACUGGAUUUUAGUCACUUUACCCGCAUUUGAUUUACAAACAGCCACUUUAUUUUAUAUUUUAGUUUUACAUCUCGUGCAACUCUGGACAUUUCAGUCCCUCAGCGUUUGAUAGAGUUUGUCACAGGAUGAAUGUUUAAGGGGACUAGAUGUAAGAUCAGAAAUUGCUUGUUAACAGUGACACAUGUGGCCGUUAAGUCAACGACAGUCAGCGUCCUGUUGCUCACGCUACGUAGACGACACUCGGUCCGAGUCGAGUCUCAAGUCCUUUAUUUUAAAGUUAUUCACAUCCAACAAAAUCUCCAAAUCAACAGGUGAAAUUAUAACAGAGUAAACUAUAAAACAUCCUGUUAAGUUGUGGAUAUCUCAGGUUUUUAGAUUUCUUUCCAGUGGACCAACAAUGAGCAGCUGUCAGUCGCAGCUCACUGCCAGAAACGAAACAGGAGUUCACGUUCACGUAUAAAAACAUGUCUGAAGAGUCACGUUAAACUACGAGUGCAAUUUCCUCCCUCUUUCCUUUCCGAAAUAGAUCCUCACUUCUGCAGUAACAUGUAAAUGUGCCUUCUGUCAACCACAACCUGCACAUGCCGACAGCAGACGAACCAAAACAAAAACAGUUCCUCCACAUUUACGGCUUCAAUUAAAUCUACAGUUUAAGUUUUUAAUUGGAGCGUUUGUCUCAGAUAUUCACUUUCAAUAACAAUAUCUAUAUCAAGAGUUUGGAGUUGGGUGAUAUGCAGGCAGCGUCACGGGAGAAAAACAGAUAAUUAGAGCCAAACCAGUAACGAAAUCGAUAUUUGGGAGUUUAAUAAAAUCGAUUGUUAUUAAGAUGGACAUUUUACAGCUUGUUAGUGCUCCCUGGUGGACUAAAAAAAUGCAGCCGUUAUCUUGCUUGUAUGUUUUUUUGCUAUUAUGAGGUACUAUUUACUAAUUCUAAUAUAUACUAUGUCAAAAUAACAUUUCUUUUAUUAUUUAAUGAAUGCAAUGUGCAACCGUACUUUGCCGUUUCUGUACUGCAGACUUUAAACGUCGGUACUAGAGGUGGGCAGAUCGAUACUACCGAUACAAAGUCUUGUUUUGAGUAUCGGCGAAGUCCCGCCCCUUCCGGUGGCCCUCCAUGGGACUUUAUUUCGGAAGAAAUAUGAACGGUAGUCAACGGAGAGAGAUGAAUAAUGUUUGAUCCUGUUUGAACCGCGCCACGAAUCACACAUAUGAUGAUUAUUAGUCUCUCCGUUGACUACCGUACAUAUUUUUUCCGAAAUAAGGUCCCAUGGGGUUCACAGGAAGAGGAUCUGUAGGAUCGGUCCAAACAAAAAAUGGAUCCAUCAUGUUAGAUCACACUGUUUUUAGUGCUGCAAUUAAACAUGCAUGUGAUGAAGUCAUUAAAGGUGCAGUGUGUAGGAUUUGGCGCCAUCUAAUGGUGAGGUUGCAGAUUGCAACCAACUGAAACUUCUCUCGUGUGCCAAGCGUGUAGGAGAACUACAAUAGCCGACGCAUAAAUGUGAAAAAGUGAAUGUCUCUCUCUAGAGCCAGAGUUUAGUUUGUCCGUUCUGGGUUACUGUAGAAACAUGGCGGCCGGCUCCGCCAAAGAACGUAUCUUGCCAAGAAGUGAAAGUCAAUUGUUCGUUUCAUUGCAACAUCAG